AUGGCGCAUCUGCUGGACAGCGUGGCAAGCCCCUCAUCCACGUCACCUUCGCAAACACCAACGCGAUCUUCGUCGUCGCUACAGAGCCAUAAAGCAGCGCACCCGUCCUCGCGCCAACGCCAUCCGCCGCCGCAGCAGCGCUGGUCGUCCUCUGCACAGGUAGCUGCCCACCCAAUGCGUCGCGCCAACGUGGAGGAGAGGGUUGGCGGCUCGCCGGAGUGGGACCGCCGCACGCCUACGCGGCAGCAGCAGUCUCACCGCAGCGCUCAGAGGGGCGAUCCGCUGCCCGCCUCCCGGAGGGUGCAGCAAGAGCGAGCGACUACCACCGAAGAGGCGGCUGCCACGUACACGUCCCCCAUCAGUGUCGACGACGAGGCAUCGUCUCGGUUCUCUGCCACCCAGCUGACGGAGAUGCGUGAGCGCUACGGCAGCGACUGGGCAUCUCCGUCAGAGGUGCUGCAGUUGCGUACACUUUUCCAGGACGUGAUGUCGCGCUACGUGCGGGAGGUGCAAGCCUUGAAAGGUGAGUUGGCGAAGGCGCAGGAGGAGUGCACCGCCUACGCGCGGGAGCGGGAGAAAGUGCUGGAGCUGCAGCAGGUCUACCAGGACGGCGUCGCUGCAUGUGGAAGGGCGAAAGAACGGGAGGCGCAGUGGGUGGAGGAGCGCGCGCUGCUGCACGUGCAGAUGGAAAAGAUGAUGGUGGAGAAUCAGCGGCUGCAGCUCUACAUUGCCAAGAAGCAGCAACCUCAUACCCACCAUAUGCCACCGCGCGGCAGCGCAACAGGAAGUCGCGAGCGGGUACGGGCGGCGGUGCAAGCAGUCGCCACUGCCACCGCCGCGACGUCUUCCGCCUCCCCUUCCCCGUCCGCCUCCUGGCCACCUCUGCCGCCCACCGCCACCGCCACGACGACCAACACGACAGCCUACUUGGCCUCACCGCAGCCACUAGAUGGUCCAGAUACGAAAAUCGCCGCCUCUCUUCCCAGUGCGGCUGGGGCCGCCGUCACGGGCACGGUGCACACGGAAGCGACAUCGCCGUACACCUUGCCUGCGCCGUCAUCGCCUGAAGUGCUGCAGCACAGGGCACCUCAGCGAGGCGGCGGCGUGGCGGCCGAGACAACACUGCCUCCUAUGCCCUCGCCCACCUCUCACCAAUCUUCGUUCGCAAGGUCCGCUUCACCUAUGAGCGCUGCCGGUGCCGCAGGUGCACAGCCACUGCAUUCGACACCGCCUCAGCGCACCUUUCCCACUGGUACUGGCGAUGACGCCGGCGCCGACCUGCCAGGUGGCGAUGGCGACCAUGGCGAUACACUGCCUCAGCAGCAGCGUGGUCGCUCACGACGGCACCCACGCGGUGGUGCCAACCACGACGAGGAGCCGCACAACUCUUCCCUCAUGACCCCUUCGGCUUCCACUAGCGAUGACGGCCGACUCGGCGCUGGGAAGGCGGUACGGCUUCCGCGGCAGCAGCGGGUGCGUCUCGACGGUGGUGACGAUGAGGUCGACAAUACUAUCGGAGAAGGCGAGUUCAACCCCUCUUACGCUCGCGGCGUCACGGACCUGUCGUCCACCUCCGGCGGGUCGUCAUCGCCCUCGCCCGCUGCGGACAUGCGUGCCAUGCUCGCUGGCUGUGGCCUGGCGCAGGUCCACGAGCAACGGUCGGGCGGCCACAGCGACGGUGGUGGCCGUCGUGCCGCAGAGCAAUGGGGUGGGGAGCCGGUUGCCGAGAGAUCUGCUGCUGUGGCCGCUGCGGGGGAGCUGCCCGCCACUGCCACCGCCACCGCUACCACCACUACGACGCCGUCCCUGGGUUCUACCGCAAUGAUGACAGCGUCCUCGUCACUGAGUCUUCAGUAUCUUUACCAGCUCCCACGCACUCCUGCCGAGGCCCUGCAGGAGGAGGUGCAGAUGCUCAAGGAGCUUCGGCGGCUUGGGGAGGAGAACCAAGUUCUGAAGGCCCGCCUGGACUACAUGCAGAUGACGAAGGAAAUCUUCACGAACCAAUGCGAGCAGCAGCACCUCCGACUCGCCCAGGCGCACGACCAGUCACGGCACAGCGCGGCGCAGUGGGAGCUGUCGUCACGACAGCUGGAGUCAGAGGUGAGACAGUCGGAGGCAAAGUGCGCGGAGUUGCAGGGCGCGCUCGAGGACGUGCUACAGCGAGCCAAGAGGCAACAGGAGCUGAGCCAGGCACGCCUCGUGGAGCUGGAGGCAAGCAGCCGUGCGGCGCUAGUGACCACACGCGACGAGGCCAUGGGAAGGGUAGGCGCGCUUCGAAGCUCCCUGCGGGAGAUUGCCGCUAGCCUGGCGACCAAGUCUGCCUCCGAAACGUCGCCGGCUGCGGGGCACGAGGUGGCUCAACUGCGAGAGGAGGCAGGGCAGCGCGAGCGCAUUGUCGAGAACCUGCGGAGCGAACUGCAUGCGCUGCGCGCCGCACACACAGAGCUGCAGGAUGACCAUAGCGCAUUGCAGGCGGAGGCGCAGAUGUAUCGGACACGCUUGGAGGGUGACCUGGCGAGCUCACGGGAGCUGCUGGCCACUGCACGCAGCGGCCAGCAGUCUGCGGAGUCCCGCAUCGACGAGCUGGAGGCGGAGGUCGAGCGGCUGCGCUCGGCUGUCGUGGCGUCUGAUGGGUGCAUGCAUACCAUGGAGGAGCGCCUCCGGCUCGCCACCGAUGAGCUCGCGUCGCAGCAGGAGCAGCUGGACGAGGCGUCGACAUGGCAGGCGCGCGCUCUCAGUGCUGAGAGUGAGCUUGGCACGCAGCGCAGUUACUACGAGAAAGAGAUCGCCGUCUACAAGACGGCGGCAUGUGCGAUGCAGGAUCGCCACCACGCAGAGGUGGAGGGCUUAUUAAAGCGCUAUGAAAAACUGCAAGUACGCCAUGAGGCGACGAAGGUGCGCCUGGCUGCAGCGGUGUCGCGAUCAGGGGCGGCUGCCGUAUUCGCUGCUGCCGGCGGUCAAGCGAAGAGGCGACACUCCCGUCAUGCAAAGAGCGAGGACAGGGGCGUGCCAGUCAUCUCCGGCAAUCCAACCGACGCUGCAAGCCACUCGCCGUCAGCUGCUGUCAAGACGGAGGCUUCUUCGUCCCACUGCGCGACUGCCGCUUACGAUUCUCUGCAAGCGCUGCGCACCUCGGGGCAGGUGACGGAGAAGUUGAUUCGUUCCCUGAACCGCGCCACCUCGCCCUAUCACUGA